AUGUCGUGCAUGGAUGAUCGCGUGAAACAAUUCAAGACGGCAGCUGAAGCUCAACUCACUGGACCUGCAUUGAGGAAGGAGAUUAACACGCUGCGCCGCUUUCUCUUCCGCAACCAGGAGUAUCGCUUUACAAAGGCUGCCCAGCAGGCCCUCUACAUGGCAGUCAUUGCGCACUACGGCAACGCAGCUGCUCAUCACGCUUCUGGCUCCGCAGCCACUUCCGCGACGCCGUCGACUGUAGUGUCCUCAGCAGAGGUCGGCUGCAGUGGGCCGUCUUCGGCGGCGCGCACAGAUCUUUCGAGAGGCACAGAUGUACUGCAACCGGCUGGCGACAAGGACGGCGGCAACACCGCUGAUGCGGCCGAUGCUCCAAUUCUCUGCCUCCUCGAAGACGCGCUCAAGAUGCCAUUCACCGUUUUCACUUCUCCACAAAAAGACAAGCUGCUCAGUCUCUACUGGACCGUUCUCGGGACUGAUGACUCUGCAGGCGCAAACUCCGGUAGCGGUAACGCCAACGGCACCACUUCCGCAGCCACACACACGUUCUCACUCGUCGAUAUUGUAGACACCGGCAAGAACAAGGCACAGCUGUCCCUCUUCACUGAUGACGGUGAGGAGUACCCGCAGGAGGUGCUUGUCUCGGAUGCCAGCGCGCUGAGGCGUCUGAGAGAAGAGUUUGACAAAGGCAGCGCUAUUUCGGUGAUCGUGCGUGAGAACGAGACCGGUGCGGUAUUUGUAUCCUUUAGGGUGGACGAUGAGUGA